CCGCCGCUUCACCCUUUUCUGGCCCAAACUCGUUCCCGGAUGUCUGAGGCUAAUAUAGCUGCUUGCUCUGAUAAGGUUGGGAACAGGAUGACUCUCGUUUCUUUUCUUUGCGUAUUUCUGCUUCCUCUCACCUUUUUCCCAGCUUAGCUUUUGUUAACUCUGUUGACGUUACCCUUUUACCAGGUCCCCCGUUGAUGGGCUUACCAUACGCGGUAUCAAAAAGUGUAAGCAUCUUCUCUUCUCGUUUCUUUUUCUGUCUCUUCGCCUUCUUUUCUUUUCGCUCGUUCGGUUCUUUUUUAAACAUCUCCCAUCCAGAGUCGUUUCAAGGCAUUCUGGCUGAUACUUAUAUCUCCUUUUCUCCCGCCGUUUUUAGGUCCAACCCGUUCUUUGCGUCCAGCAGACCCGGCAUACUCACCCCCUUUUCAACGACUUCCAUCCAGUCGGCCCCAAUCAUCCUCCCAAACACCCCUUUCCAGCACUGGCUUCCCUUCCCAAUCCCAGGACUCUUCAGUCUUACUUACGUCUUGCGUUUCCCGGUUUCUCCCUCUUUCCUUUUUCCGGCCUCCACAUCUAGUAGUGUCAUUUCUCACCCACUUUUCGGAUCGAAGGUUUCGGUUUCUGCAUGUUCUGUCCGUCAACCUUAGCCCUCUUAGAGGUCAAACAAGAAACGGAAAAACAAAAAACACAAUAAGGGUAAAAGGAAAGGAAAGAAAAAAUAAAAAAUAAUCGGCAUAAUUUUUCAAACGAACGAGAAGAGAGGGAAAAAAUACAUCAUCCCCUUCCACCCCAGCAGGGAACCAGAAAAGUGCAAAA